GACUCUUUAGGUUGUUAACAUAUGGAAGAUUUUCAUGCCAAAGUAAAAAAAAGUUCUGUAUGAAUCUUUGUUAUUCGGGAACGGUUUUAGUACGUUUCGUCGGCUUUAGUGUACUCUUCUAAAGCUACAUUUAGGCUAGAAAAUCAAUCAUGACAACUACUGGCUCACCACUAGAAGAGUCUGCACUGCAGCAGACUAAGUUACUGUUCGGUAUCGCAGAUUAUUCUAUAUUUUUCGCUAUGAUGGGCCUGUCCGUGAUUAUUGGAAUCUACUAUGGGUUUUUUGCCAAGCAGAAACAGGACAAUACGGCGGAAUAUCUGCUUGGCAGCAAGCAGAUGAAAGUGUUUCCAGUGGCGAUGUCACUCACCGCAACACACAUAUCGGCGGUCACGAUGAUCGGCGUUCCGUCGGAAGUGUUCCGGUACGGCACUCAGUACUGGGCCUGCGCUAUAUCCGGCCUGAUCGUAACCAUCUUCAUGGUGUACGUAUUUCUGCCGGUGUUCCACGAGCUACAAACGGCAUCCUGCUACGCCUACCUGGAGCAACGGUUCAACAAAAAUGUGAGAACCUUCGCCAGUUUCCUGUUCAUGCUGAGCUGCUUCCUAACUUGCUCGAUCAUCAUCUACACACCCGCCAUAGCUUUUAGCCAAGUAAGUGGAAUAGAUCUACACAUCGUGACUCCAGUGAUUUGCUGUAUUUGUAUAUUCUACACAACCGUGGGUGGAAUAAGGGCUGUGGUUUGGACGGAUACAAUUCAGUUUGGUUGUAUGGUGAUUGCUCUUAUCGUUGUAAUGAUCAUUGGAACUGUUAAGCUAGGUGGGUUAUCAAGCGUAUUCAAGAUAGCUGACGUCGGAGAACGACUUAUUUGGUUCAAUACGGAUCCAGAUCCCACCUUGAGAUCUUCGUUUUGGCAGGUUUCGAUAGGGCUGACCGCGAUGUGGAUUUCCAACGUUGGCGUGACCCCAGAGUGUGUUCAACGAUUUCUCACUGUUCCGGAUAUGUCCAGUGCCAAAAAGGCUGUUUGGAUCUUUGGAUUCGGUUUUGUGAUAGUUAGACUUCUGUCCAUCUAUAACGGUCUUUUAGUUUUUGGGGAAUAUCACGAAUGUGAUCCGGUGCAUUCGGGAUUGGUUCAAAAAUAUGACCAGAUUUUCCCAUACUACGUGCUCAACGUUGCACAGCAUAUUCCUGGACUGCCCGGUUUGAUCGUUGUAGGAAUCUUUUCGGCCGCUUUAUCCACAUUGUCGACUAGUAUGAAUACGCUUUCCGGAACCAUCUAUGACGAUUUCAUCCGAUCGCGGUAUAAAAUGAGCGAAAGCGCAGCUAGCAAUGUGGUCAAAGUAAUGGUGGUCAUAGUUGGAAUAAUUUGCCUGUUGUUGGUGUUUGUGGUAGAGAAAUUGGGCAGUGUUUUCAGUUUGGGAAUUUCGAUGGCUGGUGUAACUUCCGGAACGCUGCUCGGAAUAUUCUCCUUGGGAAUGUUUUCUCCGAAAGUUAACGCUAAGGGAGCAUUCUGGGGAGCAGUGAUAUCAUUGGUGACACUGUGCUACAUAGCAGUUGGUGCACAGUUGAAAAUUCUCGACGGGAGCCUCCAGUACGAAAGCCUUCCUCUACAUUAUGAUGGGUGCCUUGGGUUUAAUUCAACCGGAACCGAAACGAGAGGCUUCCACAUCGUCGGGGAAGGUCACGAUAACUCCGAUUUGCCGUGGAUCUUCCGGCUAGGGUUCAUGUACUAUUCGUUGCUGGGAACGAUCAUUGCCAUCAUUACCGGAAUCAUCAUCAGCUAUUUGACCGGAGGUCAGCAGGAACCAAUUUCGGAGCAUUUGCUCACACCCUGGGUUCGGCACCUGUACAAAGCUGUUCGCUGUGUGGAUGAUUAUGAUUGCAAAGUACCUAACAAUCUGAAGGUGGAGCUGACUCAAGUGUGUAAAUAAAUUGUUGAUAUUCAUUUAGGUUAUUGUUUUCGAUUUCAUUAAAC